UGAAAUCGAAGUGAACUAGCCUCUUACCCGAAACUCGAGAUUUUCUUCUGGUCCUCAUCCGACAAGAGAGUCGCCGAUAUUUCACUCCCAUCCACAUUCCACACUCUUCACUCUUCACUCUUCACUCUUCACUCACCGCAUUGCACAUGUUUGUGAAAUUGUCUCAAUGACCCUCUCCUCCCUCCACUCCCACGCUCAUCCUCUUCCCUGCACCUUAGUAACCCACCACCACACAACAACCCCAUUCUCUUUCUCAUUCCCCUUCUCUCCCACUCUCCGCUGCCCCCUCCUCUCCGCCACCGCCUCCGCCUCCCACCACCCUCUCCCCCCGGACUUCUCCCCCUCCCAGCUCCUCGACCUCCUCCGCCGCCAACCGGACUCCUCCUCCGCGCUCCGCCUCUUCCAAUGGGCCUCGGCCCAGCCCAGCUUCGCCCCCCACCCCUCCAUCUUCCACGAACUCCUCCGCCACCUCAGCAGCGCCGGCUCGGUGGACUCCAUGGUCUCCCUCCUCCACCAAAUGAAAACCUCCUCCUGCCCCCUCGACGCCUCCACCUUUCUCACCCUCAUCGAAACCUGCGCCACCUUCCACCUCCACCACCGCAUCAACGACGUCGUUCACCUCAUGGAACACGACUUCGGCGUCAUCCCCGACACGCGCUUCUACAACGUGGCGCUCGGCCUCCUCGUCAAGGCCAACAAGCUCAAACUCGUGGAGACGCUGCAUUCGAAAAUGGUCACUGACGGGGUCACCCCCGACGUGUCCACUUUCAACGUCCUCAUUCGGGCCCUCUGCAAGGCCCACCAGCUUCGGCCCGCGAUCCUCAUGCUCGAGGACAUGCCCAAUUACGGCCUCAGGCCCGACGAGAAAACGUUCACCACGCUCAUGCAGGGCUUCAUCGAGGAGGCUGACUUGGACGGCGCCUUGAGGAUUAAGGAUCUCAUGGUGGAGUCCGGGUGCGCGCUCACCAGCGUUUCCGUCAACGUUUUGGUCAACGGCCUUUGCAAAGAGGGUAGGGUUGUGGAAGCUUUGACCUUUAUUCAUGAUGAACAAGGGUUUAUCCCUGAUCAGGUUACUUUCAAUGCUUUGGUUAAUGGGUUGUGUAGGACUGGACAUAUUAAGCAAGGUUUGGAGAUGAUGGAUUUCAUGCUUGAGAAAGGCUUUGAUUUGGAUGUUUACACUUAUAACUCUCUUAUCUCUGGCUUGUGUAAAUUGGGUGAGAUUGAUGAGGCCGUUGAAAUUCUCCACCACAUGGUUUCCAGAGAUUGUUCGCCCAAUACCGUAACUUAUAACACGCUGAUUAGUACAUUGUGUAAGGAGAAUCACGUCGAAGCUGCCACUGAGCUUGCCCGUGUUCUUACUAGCAAGGGGAUUGUGCCUGAUGUUUGUACAUUCAAUAGUUUGAUACAGGGUUUGUGUUUGACGAGUAAUCGGGAGAUUGCGAUGGAGUUGUUUGAGGAUAUGAAGGAGAAAGGGUGUGAGCCGGAUGAGUUUACGUAUAGUAUCUUGAUUGAGAGCUUGUGUUCAGAGAGGAGGCUUAAGGAAGGGUUGAUGCUGCUCAAGGAAAUGGAGUCUAGUGGCUGUGCGAGGAAUGUGGUGGUGUAUAAUACUUUGAUUGAUGGUUUGUGCAAGAACAAUAGGGUUCGGGAGGCAGAGGAGAUCUUUGAUCAGAUGGAAAUGUUGGGGGUGUCGAGAAGUUCGGUCACAUAUAAUACCCUUAUUAAUUGCCUGUAUAAGAGCAAGAGAGUGGAAGAUGCUGCUCAGCUUAUGGAUCAGAUGAUAAUGGAAGGGUUAAAGCCUGACAAGUUCACUUAUACUUCAAUGCUUAAGUACUUUUGCCAACAAGGGGAUAUAAAGAAGGCAGCUGAUAUUGUGCAAAAUAUGACUUCAAAUGGGUGCGAACCAGACAUUGUUACCUAUGGGACCCUUAUUGGGGGGCUGUGUAAGGCAGGUAGAGUAGACGUUGCAAGUAAGCUCCUCAGAUCUGUUCAGAUGAAAGGUAUGGUCUUGACUCCACAAGCAUAUAACCCCGUGAUUCAGGCACUCUGCAAAAGGAAGAGAAUGAAAGAAGCCAUGAGGCUUUUCAGAGAAAUGAUGGAAAAGGGUGAUCCUCCGGACGCUAUAACGUACAAGAUUGUUUUCCGUGGCCUCUGUAAUGGUGGAGGGCCGAUACAAGAGGCUGUUGAUUUUACGGUUGAGAUGUUGGAGAAAGGAAUAUUGCCAGAGUUCCCAUCAUUUGGUUUCUUGGCUGAAGGCCUUUGUUCUUUAUCCAUGGAGGACACCCUCAUUGAACUCGUCAAUAUGGUGAUGGAGAAAGCAAGAUUCUCACAAGCUGAAACAUCUAUUAUCAGAGGCUUCCUCAAGAUUCGGAAAUUUAAUGAUGCAUUAGCUAAUCUUGCUGGUAUCCUGGAUAGGAAAAAGCCCAGAAGAUUUUGAGCGGUGAAAGGCUUUGUUUUAAGUGCACUCUGGUGAUGGUUUUAAGAAUGUAAUGGGAAAGUUCCUCAUUGCAUAAAGGUGCUGAAGCAUAUGGGGGAGUUCAAAAUCCAGGACUCAAGUCUAUAUUAUAGACUUGGAGUCAAUACAUUUCAGCACUAGUGUUGCAUUCAUCUGGCUGGCAUCAUCGAUGAAUACCACUUAUUCGGCCUCAUUAUUUCCUGUUUCAAGGGGGAAAUAUGAACUUGUAACUUGUACCUAGCAUUCAUAUGAAUAUUUCUUAGUGGAUUUAAAGCAUAAGAAAGGAGUAGAUUCACUUCUUAAUUUUAA